AUGUCGUUCCCUGCUCAGACCGCAGCCCGUUGCUGCAGACAGCUCGUUCGUCCCUCCGCCGCUCUGCGUCUGUCUCCCUCCACAUAUCUGUCCCAGCGGACGCUCAACCGGCGAUGGGAAUCGACGGGAGCUGCUGCGGCUCCCGCCAACCCUAAGAUCACUCAGAUCGUGGAUCAGAUCAGUCAAUUGACCCUGUUGGAGACUGCCGAUCUGGUUGCGACCUUGAAGGAACGUCUGAACAUCCCCGACCUGCCCGUUGGCGGUUUCGCCAUGGCCCCCGGCGCUGCUCCCGCCGCUGCCCCCGCCGAGGAAGAGGAGGCUGCCCCGGCUCCUCAGGAGAAGACCCUGUUCAACCUGAAGCUCGAAUCCAUCGAUGCCGCCUCCAAGGCCAAGGUGAUUAAGGAGAUCAAGACCCUCCUCGGUCUCUCUCUGGUCGACAGCAAGAAGUUCGUCGAGUCGGUUCCCAAGGUUCUGAAGGAGUCCGUGCCCAAGGAGGACGCCGAGAAGAUCAUCGAGACCCUGAAGAACGUCGGCGCGAAGGCCAUCAUGGAGUAA